AUGAACUCGCUCAACAUCAUCUCGGCCCGAGUCUCUCCUCCGCCGAGCCCAGGACCAACGCGAUCCAACUCACUUGCCAGCCUCGGACUGGCCGCCGAUUCAGAUCCCGAUCGGCCACCGCAAGACCAGACCCAGAACCAAACUGAGAACACCUCGGGCGACACCGACGAGAAAGCUGCAUUAGUGGCCGACCCCGACGAUUAUCGGUUAGGUGACGACGACCACCACCACCACCAUAACAAUGGCACCACAGCAACCGAGGCCGACCACCGCGGUCGCGAAUAUCGGACCGACGAACGAACACCCUUGACAUCCCAAGCAAAGGAGCUGAGCCCGCGUGGCUCCCCAUGGGUUUCUUAUCCCAAGCGCAUCGCGACCGCCUUUGUGGAAUCUAUACGAUGGAUGCUGUCGACACUCGCCGCCCCUGGCGUAUACUUGUACGCCUGCUUUUGCGACGAGAACGGAAACUUUGCCCCCCUGCAGCAGCUGGGCAAACUAUUUGGGCUUUACGGGGGAAACGCGAAGAAAAUGGCGCUGGACUACCACGAAGGGGUAGCCGCAUCGGAAAAGCGCCGGCAGGGCGCGGAUAAUUCAGCAUCCGCUGCCGGCAGCAGAGGCGGAAAAGGACAGAAUCACAAAGGGUCAUUGCGCGUAGUCGGGUCGAGCGGGUCUUCAUCGUCCAGUCUCUCUUCGGAAUCCGAGUCGGACCUGGACCGUAAGAGGCAGGGCAGCGGCGGCCGCCGGAGCACGAGCGGGAGACACUUGCGUUCCAAGUCGCUACCGGACUCGGAAGAGAUCGCGCCGGCACAGCGCUCAAUACGGAUCAAACUGCACUCGGACGAGGCUAUGCGGCAACGGAAGCACAGGAAGACGCAAUCAACCUCUGCGCGAGGCGGGAACAGCGGUGGUCAUGACGGUAGCGGCGGUGACGCCGUGGACAGCAUCUCGGCGCAGCUCAAAUCUCCGACGUCCCCCGUAGGCGCUCUCACCAAGUACCCCAAGACGCCAUCUCCGCCACGACCACUCAUCCCACGCCGGCAACCCUCAUACCUCAACAAAAACGUCGAGCUGACCGAUGUGCGACACCAAAAGACGCUCAUCCUCGACCUCGACGAAACCCUGAUCCACAGCAUGUCUAAGGGCGGCCGCAUGAGCUCCGGGCACAUGGUCGAGGUCCGGCUCAACACAACCUACCAAAGCGCCGGGGGCCAGGCCGCGAUCGGCCCACAGCACCCCAUCCUGUACUACGUCCACAAGCGGCCACAUUGCGACGAGUUCCUGCGACGGGUCAGCAAGUGGUUCAACCUGGUGGUGUUUACGGCGUCGGUGCAAGAGUAUGCCGACCCGGUGAUCGACUGGCUGGAGGCCGAGCGUAGGUACUUCUCGGCCCGGUACUAUCGACAGCACUGCACGUUUCGCCAUGGCGCUUUCAUCAAGGACCUUAGCUCGGUGGAACCGGAUUUGAGCAAGGUUAUGAUCCUGGAUAAUAGCCCGCUGAGUUACAUGUUUCACCAGGACAAUGCAAUCCCGAUACAAGGCUGGAUCAGCGACCCGACAGACAGCGACCUGAUGUAUUUGAUACCCCUGCUCGAAGGCCUGCAGUAUGUGUCGGAUGUGCGUGCCCUCUUGGCUCUACGUGGAGGCGAGGACGGGCAGCAUAUGGCUUGA